UUGUUUUCACAUAAUGGUCCUCUGGAAGAAUCUCCCCUCUGAAAUGGAUGCUGGUGUUCCAACUCCUAGGACGGCCGCAGCUGUUCUGGCCACCCUCUUCCUACUUGUCCAGCUUAGUGAUGCCAACAUUGUAUAUGUAGAGAAAGGCUCUUCCCCAGAGCUGCUCUGCCCAUGUCCAUCUUGUUCUGGUACUGAAGAAAUGUCCUGGUACUGUGUCCAGCAUGGCAAAACCACCGUACUCUUCCGCAAACUCUCCAAUGGCCAUAUAAAGCGCUUCCCAGUUGCCUGGAGCCGGCUCCAGAUGCUUCAGAACAACUCGCUUCGAUUUCACCACGUGGAGGAUGACGACACGGGGCGUUACUGGUGCGACAUGAACCAUUUUUAUGAUCUCUCGGUGGUGACAAGUAAUCAGCAAAGGCUGGAGCCCUACCAGGCCGAUAGCCUGUGCUACAUCUUGAGCUGUUUUUUCCGAUCCAAGGCAUUCUACACAGAUGUGAUAACCUGGUGGGAAGGUGGAAAACAAAUCCAGGAUGUUGACCAGAUGGGAAGACCCAGCAUAUUUAAGGGGAAAAGGGCCUCUCAGCUCCAUAUUUGCUUGAAAAAAGAGGCUUUGGAGAAAACCACUAAGAAGCACAUCAAAUGUCGCUUUGCCCGGAAGACCGAAAUCAAGUUCAAGUUGAUGGAUAACCAUCCUGAUUUCUGUACUUGUAGUACUUUGAUGCCUUCUGUGCAGGAUAUAGGGACAGUGAAAGAUGGUUUAUUAUCUCAGUGCUCAAAAGUCAAAAUAAACGGAGUGCCAUGGAUUCCACUGGUUGUUUGCAUUAUAUUGCAAUUUCUAAUCAUACUUACUCUGGCGGUCCUGUGGAGGAGGAGCUGUAGCCAGAAGUACUCAGACAAUCUGAAGAAGCCCAGGAAAGAUGUCCCCCUGUCUGAAUACACAUCAGAGAUCUACGAGAAUAUCUGACCAGGACUACUGCUGUGACUAAAGAAAUAUUUCGGUUCUCACUGAGUCGAACAACCUUGGACCAAACCCAGCAACUCUUGACCAAUG